CCUGCAGUCCUGCUCUUGCGCAUGAAGCCAUCUCGUCCGAACGAGGACUGCUUCCGCUUCCUUUUCCUCCUCAGAGAGGCCACCGCCUCCGCCGCCCCGCGGCGCCGCCUCCCUCCCCUCCACGCGCUCCUCGUCAAGCUCGGGCUGCAGCCGUACGAGCGCGUGCACAAUGCUCUCAUCCAGGCCUACGGCGCGGCGGGCCUCGUCGCGGACGCGCGCAGGGUGUUCGACGGAAUGUCCCGCCGGGACACCGUCUCGUUCAACUCCAUGAUCCACGGCUACGCCACGUCCGGCGACGUCGCGUCGGCGCGAGAGGUGUUCGAGAGGGUCCCGGCGCCGACCCCCGUCACGUGGACGUCGAUGGUCGCGGGGCUCUGCCGCGCCGGGGACGUCGCGUUGGCGAGGCGCUUCUUCGAGGAGAUGCCUGGAAGGGACGUGGUUUCUUGGAACGCCAUGAUAUCUGGGCUCGUCGGGAACCACCAGCCCGUGGAGGCGCUCGAUCUCUUCCGCCGGAUGCUGGCGGAAGGCUUCGUGCCAAACCGUGGGACGGUCCUGGGUGCGCUGUCGGCGUGCGUGGGUGCCGGCGGGUUGGAGACAGGGAAGUGGAUCCACGCCUUCGUUGAGAAGAAGAAGCUCUUCCGGUGGUGGGAUGAAAUCCUCGGCACCGCGCUGCUCGACAUGUAUGCCAAGUGCGGUGCCGUGGAGCUUGCUCUGGAUGUCUUCACCAAGUUGAGGUCGAGGGACACACACACAUGGAACGCCAUGAUCAAUGGCUUGGCCAUGAAUGGCUACUCAACAAAAGCAUUGGACAUGUUUCGCCAAAUGGAACUUGAUGGAACAGUUGUGCCGGAUGAAGUGACCUUUUUAGGAGUCCUACUGGCUUGCAGUCAUGGUGGAUUUGUGGAUGUAGGGAGGGAGUAUUUCUAUAUGAUUGAGAAGAAGUACGGCAUAGGGUUAGUCAUUGAGCAUUAUGCAUGUAUGGUUGAUCUCCUUGCUCGCUCUGGUCAUCUGCAAGAAGCCCACAAGAUCAUUACAGAAAUGCCGAUGAAACCAGAUCGUGUCAUUUGGAGGGCAUUGCUCAGUGGAUGCCGACUCCACAGGGAUGUCAAGAUGGCUGAAACUGCAGUAUCUGAGAUGGAAGCAGCUUGUAGUGGCGACCAUGUUCUCCUGUCAAAUCUCUAUGCUGCAGUUGGGAGAUGGAGUGGUGUUGAAGAUGUCCGGAGGACCAUGAGAAGCAAAGGGAUCGAGAAAAUUCCUGGAUGCAGCUCGAUUGAGAUUAAUGGCUCCAUCCAUGAGUUUAUGUCAGGUGACAAGUCACACCCAUCAUAUAGUGAGAUUCACGCGAAGUUGGUUGAGAUUGGCUCAAGGAUGCAACUGCAAGGUUAUGUCACAGAGACUGCAGAAGUGUUCCACGAUGUUGAAGAGGAAGAGAAAGAGCAGGCACUCGGUCAUCACAGCGAGAAGCUUGCAAUUGCAUUUGGCCUCAUUGGAGGCACUCCAAAUGUAGCAAUCAGAAUCGUGAAAAAUCUUCGCUUUUGUGCAGAUUGCCACAAUUUUGCCAAGUUAGUAUCCCAGAUCUAUCAUCGGGAGAUUGUGGUUCGUGAUAGAGUCAGAUUCCACCAUUUUGUAGAGGGAACCUGUUCUUGCAAUGAUUUUUGGUAGUAGAAAACUCUGGAAGACUGGGAUUGUGGCAUGAAGUAUGUUUUUCUCGUCUCACUUCUUUUUCUUGCGAGGUUUAUUUCUUUUCCUUUUUAA